AUGGGAGCUUCCAUUGGUUGCAGCGAGUGCGUCACCAGUCGGGAUGAUUCGAAUAGCGUGAUGACAAGGUGCAUGGACAGCCCAUGGACUUCAAACAAAUCCAACGUCAUUACUGCGGAAGACUUGAAUUUAGCCUUUGGCGCAAUGCAACAAAUCCAAGAAACCCAGGUUCAUGCCAUAGCGCCCCCUGCAUUGGUUUGCAGAUCUAGGACGGCUGCAUCCCCCAAAGCGCGACCAGAAUCCAAGGAAUUGGAAAUGGAAAAUAUCGCCAUGUUGCAGCUUUCCAAUGGUGCUCUCUACGAGGGGCACCUGGAAGACUUCAAAGCACAUGGCAGAGGGUUGCUUUGCUAUGCAAGUGGCAACAGAUACGAUGGAGACUUUGUUUUAGACCAAGCACAUGGCUAUGGUUGCUUUUUGUGGAAGGACGGAUCCAUCUACGAGGGACAGUGGUCAAGGAAUUUGCAGGUAUCUCCUGGAUCGCCGUCGAGCACAUUGCCAGUGCCAGCUGGUUCAAUUCCUGGCGUCACCCGAGUUAUGACAAUACAUGAGGGGAAGGUCUAUGCAACUGAGCUUCCAAAAGAUGCAACAUAUCCCCAUGCAAUGAGAGUGACCUUCGAAAACUUUAAUCUGUUUUGCAAGGCCGAGAACAAGAGAUCUAUUGCGCUGCGAGCUUUAGUUCCAGGCGAUGCCAUACCAGGUGUGUCAAAUACAUAUGCACGUGGGGAGUCACUGGUUGAGAUCAAAGUUCCGAAGAAUGCAAAACCUGGAGAUACGCUGAUCAUCAACGCAAAUCGACCGCAAGAGUCGCAGGUUCACUCCUUGAGUUUGGCAAAGACAGCAAAGGCAGCCAAUCUAACGGUGGAACCAGAUGAAGACAUUCGACGACAUGAUUUUAUGCAGCAACGCCUGAAAGAAAAUGGAGGUACAUGGAAUCCAAAGAUCGAGAGAGCCAGCACUGAUCGAUUGAUUGUGCCUGGAAUUGUGGCUACUGAGCCCAUCUCCAAAGGUGAGGUCCUGGUGAGGUGUCCUCCAGAGUUAUUUAUUUCCUCAGAAGCAGUUCGGCAGAUGGCCCCUGCAUAUGCAAUUCUCGCUGCAGAAGCAGCGAACGAAUUAACUUUUGAUCGUGGAAAUGUUGACUGGGCGCUUCAAGCAACUUUUCUGGCCAGCAUGAUGGCAGCUGCCGAAGAUGCCAGAAUAAAGGGUCCGAGCAUCCCAGAAGCGAAGAGAGAGGUUUGGGAAGCCUUUCUGCAAGUUCUCCUUUGCGAGACCUUUACGCAACAUCCCUACAGGCUUGCAGCAGAAGACCCUGCAGCCUUCAAGUCUUCAUUAUUGCCAUCGUGUGAAGCUGAUUUGAUUGAAUAUUUGGCCUGGACGGUGUUGCAAUGGUAUGACAUACUCACUUCUCACUCUUCCUACGCCGCUUCAAGCGCGUCCCUCCAAUUUUCAGCAGAGCAGUUUCUUCGAGCUUGGCUUCUGGUGACAACUCGUGCUUUUGAUGUAGAUGGCACACGCACGACACUGGUGCCGGGCCUUGACUCUUUCAAUCAUGAUCCUUCUCGGGCCUCUGCGCGCGCUGCUGCAGAUGGGAGAGGGGGUCUUUACAUCGUCGCAACUCGAGACAUCGAAGCUGCUGAGGAGGUCUUUCUCCUGUAUCAACAGUUUUCAAACUCAGAGCUCUAUAGGAAAUACGGCUUUACAUUGCCUAUGGAAGCAAUGAAGCACCAAAGCUUCACCGUGUUACCCAGCAGAGUUCGCUUCUUGCUGCUGAAGUAUUUGCCAGUGAGCCAUGCUGGACUACUCAUUGAAUUCCACAGUGCCAUGCUGCAUCCAACACUGGUUGCUGCCAUCAAGGCCUGCGCCGCCAACGGCAAGAACUACAUCAAUUUCCUGCGUGAAUUGCUGCAGUUCUUUGCGGAAGCUUAUGAGCGCGACCCUGAAAUGCAGGAUGCGAUGCGAUCAAAGACAGCCACGGAAGAUUUGCUUCGCGUGAAGUUGAGUUAUUCCGAUGGGAUCGGCAAAGAAAUUUGGAGUGAUGGAUCUGGCUUUGAAGGUUCCUUCAGGGAAGGGAAAAAGAGUGGUGUCGGCAAGGUGUGGUGGCCAGAGGGCUGCUAUGAAGGUGAUAUUGAUGGCGGCGAAUUGGAAGGACAAGGUACUUUGACCUGGAAAGACGGCACUUCCUACUGUGGGGGUUGGGUGAAAAGCCAAAAGUCAGGAAAGGGUGUGAUGAAAUGGCCAGAUGGGCGCUGGCACAAAGGCACCUAUUUCAAGGACAAACGGCAUGGCCGAGGCUGCCUUGCUUGGCCUGAUGGCCGGCAAUACUGUGGAGAGCCAGAACUGCUCAGAACUGCGAUACGACGGUGUCGUCACUACUUGCUGAGUUUUUGA